UCCUGAAUAUGUAUUAUGUUUUUAAUCUUCCCUCUAGGUAUUGGGAUAGGAGUUCUAGUACGAGAAUAUGGCAACCUCUCCAACUUGGACAAGUUCUACUUUGCAUUUCCUGGAGAGCUUCUGAUGAGAAUGCUCAAACUCAUCAUUCUGCCUUUGAUCAUAUCAAGCAUAAUUGCAGGUGUUGCUGUUUUGGACUCAAGUGUUUCUGGGAAGAUUGGCUUGCGUGCAGUUAUAUAUUAUCUUGCCACUACCAUCUUAGCUGUAAUCCUUGGGAUUGUGCUAGUUGUGUCCAUGAAACCUGGGGUAUCUCAGAGAGCUGAGGAAAUUGACAGAACAGGCAGUACCCCUGAUAUCACAACAGUGGAUGCUAUGCUAGAUCUGAUUAGGAAUAUGUUCCCAGAAAACCUUGUCCAGGCUUGUUUUCAACAGUAUAAAAGCAAACGUGAAGAAUUGAAACUUAAAAAAGUACCGGAAAAAAACAGCACCACGCUUGCGGGAGGGCUUGUUACAAAUGUCAUGGCAACAGAGGCUUUGAAGAACACAACCAAAGAAUACAAAAUAGUAGGCACGUAUUCUGGUGGCAUUAAUGUACUGGGCUUGAUUGUCUUUUGUCUUGUCUUUGGAAUUGUUAUUGGGGAAAUGGGAGAAAAAGGACGAGUUCUGGUGGACUUUUUCAAUGCACUGAACGAUGCUACAAUGAACAUUGUUCAGAUCAUCAUGUGGUGUAUGCCACUUGGCAUUAUGUUCUUGAUUGCUGGGAAGAUAAUAGAAGUUGAGGACUGGGAAAUCUUUCGCAAACUGGGUCUUUAUAUGGCUACAGUACUAUGUGGACUUGCAAUCCAUUCCAUUAUAGUUCUGCCACUGAUCUACUUAAUAAUAGUAAGGAAAAACCCUUUUCAGUUUGCCAUGGGGAUGGCUCAAGCACUUCUUACAGCCCUCAUGAUCUCCUCCAGUUCAGCAACUUUGCCUGUCACCUUUCGCUGUGCAGAAGACAAAAACCAUAUUGACAAAAGAAUUACCAGAUUUGUUUUACCAGUCGGAGCUACAAUCAACAUGGAUGGAACAGCCCUCUAUGAAGCUGUGGCAGCUGUUUUUAUCGCACAGCUUAAUGACUUAGAUAUGGAUAUUGGCAAAAUAGCUACCAUUAGUGUCACAGCUACUGCAGCCAGCAUCGGAGCUGCAGGGGUUCCCCAGGCUGGACUAGUCACCAUGGUGAUUGUGCUGAGUGCAGUUGGGCUGCCUGCUGAAGAUGUUACCCUGAUCAUAGCAGUUGACUGGCUUCUGGACCGAUUCAGAACAAUGGUAAAUGUCCUCGGAGAUGCCUUUGGUGCAGGAAUUGUGGAGAAGCUCUCAAAAAAAGAGCUAGAGCAGAUGGGUGGCUCUUCUGAAGUCAACAUAGUCAAUCCUUUUGCCUUGGAAACAUCAGCACUUGGUAAUGAAGGAGGAGGAACCAAGAAAUCCUAUGUCAAUGGAGGUUUUGCCGUAGAUAAAUCUGACGCCAUAUCAUUCACCCAGACAUCAAAGUUCUAAAGCCUACAGCUUCCAAUGGCACUGAAGGAGCAGUGAAGGACACCACCAUAUGUGAGAUCUUUUAGCAAGCUAAAGAAUAAUUAAGAAAGAGCUAAUAACAAACUUGAGUAGAUUUGAUUAGAUUUGAUUGUUUUUUUCCCCACUGUUUGGAGUCUCAACAUUUUGUCCCUGUGAGCAAGUUGAUGGGAAGGCAAGUUGUAAAAUAUGUAAUUUUUUAAUCCUGUAAGAUGGAUGAGGCUUUUGAAUGGCUCUUUGAAAUCAUCUUGCUCAUAAGCUGGAUGCUAGAACCAGACCAGUGAAGCAAAGCAAAUGUGCUUCUCUAAAGCAGACUGCACUGUUUUACAUCUCUCUUCGGUUCUGCUACUCUGUAUGGAAUUCUUGUUGAUAUUUUUGUCUUUCACAUUUUUAAAAAUUGCAUCUAGACCAUCUUCUGUAACUUGAUAAUGUGCCAAAUUGCUCACUUCUGCAGCUUGAACAACACAUAGGGAAAACAGUUUCAAAGGAAAACAGACCUUAAGCAUUCUGCAAAAACUGUUUUACCACUUGAGGUUUUAUGUUGCUUUUAUUUUAAACAUUCAGGAUGCUGGAACUUACUGGUCAAGGAAGAGCUUCUAAUGUUAUGCUGUUGAAAUUUUUUCCCCUAUGAAUGCCACCAGAGAGUAUUCGUAUGUGAAGCCUAUACAGGUUUGCUCCUCUUAUUUUUGAAUAAAUUAUUGUAAAGUGAAACUCUCUGCCAACUUAGGUCUUCCUUGAUAGUUUAUUAAUACAUCACCAUUGGAAGAUGCAAGAAGCUAGCUUCAGUAUUGUCCAUCUUUUAUAUUAGCCUAGUUCUUCUCGGCUCCAGGACAGGCGGAGUAAUGAAGAUGAAAAUAGCUAAUCAUAGGUGACUUCCAAAUCUUUUCUUCUUGGAAAAAAUGACAUAAAAUCAAGUGUAGAUGAGGCACUCCUUUUUCUAGAGACAUGCUACUGGCUA